AUGGAGGCCGAACUCGCCGAGCUCAAGGCCGAAGUCAAGCGUCUUCACGCGAAGUUGCAAAAGGUCGAAGAUGAGGCGGAAAUCCGCAAGGUCCAUUUCAAAUAUGGCUAUUAUAUCGACAAGUGUCUCUACAACGAGGUCGUCGACAUGUUCUCCAACCACCCCGACGCGUACGUCGAGUUCCUCGGCUCGCGCUACCGACGCAAGGAGGGCAUCCGACGGCUCUACAUCGGACGGUUCCAGACGCACUUUGUCAAGGGCCGCAACGGCCCCGUGUACGGCUUCCUGCUCGACCACCCGAUGAUGCAGGAGAUUGUGGACGUGGACGCGACCGGGACGCGGGCGUGGGCGCGGAUCCGCGCCCUCAUGUCAGCGGGCACGCACCAGUCGAUCCAGGAGGAGCACCCGCGCGGCCACGCCCAGUGGUGGGAGGGCGGCGUGUACGAGAACGAGUACAUCAAGGAGGACGGGGUGUGGAAGCCCUUCCGCUACCGCUACUUCCCCUUCUGGCACGCGGACUUUGAGCGCGGCUGGGCCCACACCAAGAAGAACUACAUCCCCUGGCCGACCAAGACGUACCCGGAAGAUCCUCUCGGUCCGGACGAGCUGCUCGAGCAGAAGAUGCUGUGGCCAGACACGCGCGUCGUGCCGUUCCAUUACCCGCAUCCGGUGACGGGGAGGAUGGUCAAGGACGACGACCUGCGCGCCCCAAAGUACGGCGAGGACGUGAGUACGAGCUUGCCGCCGUUGAGUAUCGCGUUGCCCAAGGAUCAGCAGGAGAAGGAGGCCGAGGAGGCGAAGAAGGUGGUAGCAGAGACCGGAGAGAUUGCGGAUACCACGCCUGCGUGA